UACACGAUAUAUAUCCAUUGCAAAUUAUAGUAUACAUCAAGUUGUACGCAACAUACCAGGUAUACUAUUAGCUCUCUACAAACUCCGUACAGUCGUUGACUCGUAUACCAAUUGGUCGUUACCUUAACGAGCACCCCGAGUCAACGAGGUAUGCAAGCAAACACUAUAGCAACAAGCAGUCAGUAGGUUAGACAUUAAACAAAUGAUGGAACCUUGCAUUGCUCGGCCACGAACAUGCGCAGCCGCAGCUGUCGAAGACGGCUGCGGAAGACAAUGCGGCCGGACUUGCAACGAGAUGAUAACUAACUAGCAUGUCGUGUUAUGGGCCAGUGGAGACGGAGGAGUGGGGACGACAUACGUUCACGCAAGACAUUGCAGGUGGAUUGGGGUGGUCAACUUGAUCACCAAGUAUCACUCGAGGCCACCUGUUGAGCUGCAUGUACGAAUAGAUGAGAGCGUAAUAUGCGAACAUGUAGGUGCAUGCUCACCGUGCGACUGAGCACGCUUGCAGUUGUACAAGCGGAUAUUGUCGAGUACGGUAUCCAUGGUGUAAGAGAGGAGGUUGACGUCGCGUGUCGUUUCGUAGAUGUGCACUAUCACGUCCAAACGUCGCGACUCAAGGGCAAUGCCUAUUGCCUGCUUGAACCCCCGUCUGAGAUACAGCGCGUGAAAAUACCCUCGAUUAUGCCUUGAAGCCUAAGGUCAACCUUUUCCUCCCCAGCUUACUCCGCCGAUCGUGCACUAAUGUAACAGUCGAUACCCUUCGUGAUCACGGUCUCGACGCAUUCGCCUACGCCAGCAGUGGCCGCGUGUGCCUCAAAUGCGCUCCCCGCCGCAAGUGCGAACGAAAGAGCUUCGUCAUACUCUCCUAGGUAAUAGUAGAGUAGCACACAGAAUCAUCGGCGAACAAGGCGUCCC